CUGUAGACUGGUUUGGUUGGAUAUGAGGAACCCUGGGGACAGAUAAGACAUUGUGGUGGCCUCUGCUCACAGUCCCUCUCCCCAUAAAGUGAGCCUUAGUACCACUUCUCCUGGCCCUCUUCACCAGAGAGCUGCAGGGUUUAGGCCCCUGGAUGUUCUGCUUCCCUCUUGCCUGGCCCGCUCCAUCUAGUACUAUUACCUGUCUAGUUGGGCUACUGAUCUGAUCUCAGGUUGGUAGGCGGGUAAUCAAAGAUACAGGUCAGGCAGGGAACAACUGCCCUACCCCCCUACACCUGCCUGGUAGCUUUGAGUUGGGAGUGGGUGGGUCAGGUUGGGAUGUUCUGCCCCUGUGAAGACAAGCCUUCCUGUCACCUGGCAAGGGGCAGGUCCCUCUCCAAGGCAAACUCAGGAUUCUGUAUGUACAUGCUACAACCCUGCUACUUGCAGGCCUCCCCACUAGCAUCCACUUCCUUGUCCUGUGCUUCUGUGUAUGGGGACUGUCCCAGAAGUGGAGAGGCUGUCCUUAUCUCUACCACCCCCAUGUCUGUAGGCUUAUGGCUCUUGGUCUUUUGCUACCUAUACCUCCUGGCCUGAUGAACUGAGCUGCCCUGUACCAGGACUGUGCUGACUGAAUGAGGACGUCACUGAGCCACUCCCUUCCUGAGGUUUGGCUCCUGCCCCUGUGGUAGACAUGUAAAUCACAGGCUAUGAGAGCUGGAGCCCAGUCCUCAAUCCUAUUUUAGACCUCUGAGCCCCCUUCCUCUCUAGGUUAUCUCUAGGGCUCAGCCAGUGCUCACACUGAGGCUGGAGGUCUCCAAGGAGAUAGAAAUGAGGGAAUGUAGAGCAGCCCCUGACAAAAGAAGUCUGGGGCAGUGUCAGAGCUUGGCAGCCUCUGAUUGUGGCCCACCCUCCUACCACUCCAAGGGCCUUGCCCAGGCAGCUACAAUCCCCAACCACAACAUCCUUUGGGUUUGACCUACCAGAUCAGGACACAUGACCCCCAAUUAGUCCUGGCAGCUUUCCCUGCCCUGCCUGCCAACAUGGGGACACAGACAGUGGGUAUAAAUGGUCCUGCAGGCUGGAGGGCACAGAGCAUGAGUCCCACACAGCAUCCUGACACAGCGCUGGCAGACACCAUGAGGAUCUUCUCUCUGCUCACUCUUCUGACCCUGGCUGCAUUCUAUCUCUCUGGCCCAGCAGAUGCAAAGCCCAGUGGCUCCGAGUCUAAAAAGGGUGCAGCCUUCAUGUCCAAGCAGGAGGGCAAUGAGGUAGUGAAGAGACUCCGGCGCUACCUGGACCAUGGACUGGGAGCCCCAGCCCCCUACCCAGAUCCCCUGGAGCCCAAGAGGGAGGUGUGUGAGUUUAACCCCAGUUGUGAUGAGCUGGCAGAUCACAUCGGCUUCCAGGAUGCCUACCAGCACUUCUACGGCACCACUGCUUAGGGCAUGCACUGCUCUAGGGCCAGACAGCAGCUCCAGCUUUGACUCCUUCCACUCCAGGACAUCCCCCUUCCCUGUCUCCCUCUCUGACCUGCAAGUAUGGACAGCACAGCUGCUCCAAAA